GGUCGGUGCUUUCUCAGUGUAUCAGAUGGAACCCAGGCCAACCCCACCCUCGAAACUAAUCUCCAAUGGACUCUACUCCUACUACAGCUACAAGAAGAAGAAGGGUCGACGAAGAUCCUCCACCGCCUUUCUCCUAUCCUUCAAAGAUUUUUCUCGAACCCCUUGUCGGCAGCAUACGCUAUUACUACUGUGACCUUCCCAAACUUAUAAAAACCUGGGCAAAUCGGCUCCUGGCUGAUCAUUCUUUUAUCUUUUUUGCGUCUUGUGAACUAGUACACUGUUUGGUCCCCGCGACCAACAUGAACCCGAACGACGAAGGUCAACCAAAUUCUCCAAAGAGGUCGAAGGGUAAAGCUCCGGCUGACAUGUCUUCUUCGGGUCAUUUGGAGCAGGAAACAUAUGGAUUCUCUCUCAUGGAAUUAAGUUCUGGAGCAUUCGGAGAUGCCUCAGCUGGUCUCUCAAUGGUGGACAUUGGCCUUUCUGGCCAUCCUCCUUCGUCUUUGUAUGAUUCUCCUUUCAUGGAAUUUAGAGCAUUCUCAACCAUGAGUCCGACAUCUCUGGCUUCGCCUCCUCCUCCUCCUGCUUCUGUCAGUGAUGAGAGAGCUCCUUCGGUACCAACAACUAUUAAGGAGGAGACUGGAUUAAUAGAAACAAGCGGUGAGUUGGAGGACGUUGAUGUGCCACAGCCGCUUGACUGUUUACAGGAGAAUCCGAUUCCGCCAUUUCUAUGGAAAACUUACGAUCUGGUGGAUGAUCCAUCUCUGGAUCCAAUCAUAUCAUGGGGCUCGGCCGGUGCUAGUUUCGUGGUAUGGGACCCUGUGGAAUUUGCGAGGAUCGUGUUGCCAAGAAAUUUCAAGCAUAACAAUUUCUCCAGUUUUGUCCGCCAGCUUAAUACUUAUGGAUUCCGCAAGAUUGAUCCUGAUAAGUGGGAGUUUGCGAAUGAAGGUUUCAAGCAAGGGAAGAGACAUCUAUUGAAGAACAUACAAAGGCGUAGAUCACUGCAAUCCCAGCAUGCUGUUAAUGUUGGGCCAUCCACUGAAGCAGGAAAGUCUGGGGUUGAGAUCGAGAUAGGAAGACUGAGAAAGGAGAGAAGUAUGUUAGUCCAAGAUUUGGUUGACUUGCAGCAACAACAGAGAAGGACUGUUCAGCAGGCGGGACAAGUGAGCCAGAGGCUGGAGUCUGCAGAGCAGAGACAGAAACAGAUGGUUUCUUUCUUAGCGAAGCUAUUUCAAAAUCCAGCAUUUUUAGCCCGCCUGAGGCAAAAGAAGGAACCGACAGGUAUAGGUUCUCCCAGAGUGAGAAGGAAGUUUGUCAAGCAGCACCAGCACGAAACAGGAAUAUCAGGCUCUUUGAAUGAAGGGCAGAUUGUAAAAUACCAACCUGAUUGGAGAGACAUUACCAACCCUUCGGAAACACCGGUACUAAAUCCAAUUUCUACCGAAGAGUCUCCUGAGUACCCUGCACAGAGUUGGGCAAGAGAACUUGCUUCAGUAGCAGAAAAUCCGUAUGUGCAACCUGAUGUUGCUGUAUCAGAUGAAUUGGCUGUACCUGGUGAAAUAAUGACAACUCCAGAGAUCAUAGGAGAAGGAUCGUCAAGCUUACGGCUUGAAGAUCCUCUUUGGAAAGGAAAAAACGUCAUGAGACCAGAUCAAGAAGUUAUCCCAGAGGAUCUGAGCAGGGAGAAAAGUUUUUCAAUGUUUUACCCGCCUGAAGCUGAAAGCGUCAUUAAACAAGAUGUAUGGAACCCGGGCUUUAACGUUAGCAGUGCUACUCCUAGCUCUGUGAAUGAGCUGUGGGACAAUCCAAUUCCAAUCAAUUAUGAAGUGCCGGAAUUUGGAGUGACAGGCGGCAUGUCAGACCUCUGGGAUGUGAGCUAUAUGCAAGAAACAGGAAAUUCAGGCUUCGAUGUCGAUAAGUGGCCAGCUGAAGAGUUCCCUCACAAUGAAACAGAAGAUGAGGCUGAUCGCCCGAAAGAUGAUAGAUCUAAGAAUGUCGAUCCAUAGGGCUUUGCUUUUGCCUUUGCUUCCCUUGGAUUUUUAAUAUGCCUUAGUUCAUAGGUUUCUUAUAAUUGAACUAUUUGCUUUUCAAAUAGUGUUCGAUUCACCCAUUCUAAUUCUUAAUUUCCAUAUUUAUUUAUUCAUUUAUUUU